AUGCCACACGAGCGUAAUAAGCACCGAAUCAACGAGCUUUUCACAGGAGUGAUGCAUUUUGCAGAUCGCCGAUCGAUGUGUGAACACGAUGCGACCACGACCGCGUGCACUUCGACGCUGAAAGGAGUCGUAUCGGCAGCGGGUGCCGCGCAAAUGUCAAGCAGUGACGUUGGAAGCGCAACAACAGUGGGUGGAACAACUGCGGCUGGGCGAGUCAUCGUACCGCCGGUGACGGCCCCAUCGCAGCAUCAUGUCAUCACACCGCAAUCCAUAGAAUUUAUUCAUCCAAAGUCGGAGGAGUGUAUGAUCGAAAUCUCAAAUUCGAACUCUGGGCUACAAGCAGUUUUAUCAAUCUACAUAUUUUCAGGAAUGAAAUGUCGAGUUUGUGGUGAUGCACGCGCUGGGCGACACUACGGCACAAUUGCCUGUAAUGGAUGUAAAGGAUUCUUCAGAAGAAGUAUCUGGGAGCAGCGCGACUAUGUGUGCCGAUUUGGCGGUAAAUGUCUCAUAGUUCAAGAAUACCGUAAUCGUUGCCGAGCAUGUCGCCUUAAGAAGUGUUUUGCCGUUGGAAUGGACGCGAGAGCAGUGCAGUCGGAGCGGGACAAACAUAAAAAGUUACCCAAAGACGGUUCUCCUAACGACGAUUCGCUCUCGCCAGCGUCUACACUCUGUUCAACGCCUGCACUUGCCGCAAUUCCCAGCACAUCUGCUCCAUCAACGAGCACCAGUUUCAACUUCGUUCAUGUUCCUGGUGCUGUGAAUCGCUCGUUUUCGGAAAAUCUUGCUCUAAAGGAUGAACCCGCCGCUUCGUUUACACCACCACCUGUGGCUCGACCAGUCAUGGUGUCACUUAUUCGUUACCUUCUUGAUUUGGAGAGUGCCACAGACAACAUGAUCGAUGAGGAUUGCGAUUAUAUGAGCAUGGAAUUCGACAAAUUGUGUAGAGUAGAUGUUUCUAUUGAAGCCGCAUUUCGACAACCAGGAAUUGUUGCAAAACGAACGCCACCGCGCUGGACGGCCCUUGAACGCCUGACGACACUUGAAGAUGUACACAUCGCCUGGUGUCGUUCAUUUGUAUUGUGCCUUGAUUGGGCAAAGAUUUUAAAAGAUUACCAAGAGCUAUCACCAUCGGACCAGUACACAUUGCUGAGAAAUCGAGUCGUAUCUGUGAACUGGUUAUGUCACACUUACAAAACCUAUCAAUCAGGAUGUGAUGGAGUCGCACUUGUAAAUGGAAGUUGGUACCCGAGAGAUAAGGAGCUGCAGAAGACACUGGAUCCCGGCUGCAAUCAUUACUUUUCAAUUCUCAGUGAACAUUUAAUGGAGGACCUUGUGAUUCCAAUGCGAGAAAUGGCUAUGGAUGACGGAGAAUUCGUAAUCCUAAAAGCGUUAAUAUUGUUUAGAGCACAUCGACGAUUAUCCGAAGAAGGAAAAGUGCAUGUGAAUCGGGUCCGUGAUAAAUAUAUUGAAGCACUCUAUCAGCAUGUACAACUCCAGCACCGUAACCUUUCCUCAGUGCAAAUUGCAAUGAGAAUAAGCAAAAUUAUGCUCCUCCUUCCGAGCAUCGAGCACCUGUCACAGCAAGAAGAUGAUAAUGUGCAAUUCCUCGCACUAUUUAAUCUUGCCAAUCUUAACGGUUUGCCAUAUGAAUUGCACUCGUCGAUUAAGCAGCACAUCAGACAUGAUGAUGACACUCAGGUGAACGAAGUGACCUCGAACAACGACGCGACUACCUCACAGCAAGAUUCGUUGAUGAGACCACCCGUCACAUCAGCAGCAUCUUAUUCCAUGCCUUGA